AUCCAACCAUGUCAUCGGCGCCCUAUAAUUACAACUAUAUAUUCAAAUAUAUCAUCAUUGGUGAUAUGGGUGUGGGCAAGUCCUGUAUUCUGCAUCAAUUUACAGAGAAGAAAUUCAUGGCAAAUUGUCCCCAUACAAUUGGUGUGGAAUUCGGCACACGCAUCAUCGAAGUAGACGAUAAGAAAAUCAAAUUACAAAUUUGGGACACCGCUGGUCAGGAACGUUUCAGGGCUGUGACACGUUCAUAUUAUCGUGGUGCUGCCGGUGCUUUAAUGGUUUACGACAUUACCAGACGUUCUACAUAUAAUCAUCUCAGCAGCUGGCUGACGGAUACAAGGAAUUUAACCAAUCCCAAUACUGUGAUUUUUCUAAUUGGUAAUAAAUCCGAUUUGGAGAGUACACGAGAGGUGACCUACGAAGAAGCUGAGGAAUUUGCCAAAGAGAAUGGUUUAAUGUUUUUGGAAGCCAGUGCUAUGACGGGACAAAAUGUCGAAGAAGCCUUUUUAGAAACCGCACGCCGCAUCUACCAAAAUAUCCAAGAGGGCCGUCUAGAUCUCAAUGCCUCCGAGUCGGGUGUACAGCAUCGUCCCUCACAGCCGGGACGAACCUCGCUGACAAAUGAGGCACCCAACAAUAAGGAUCAAUGCUCAUGUUAAGCAACCAAUAACCCAUAACAAUAGAUUUUUGUGUUUUGUUAAUA